AGCGAGACAGAAGCUGUGCAGCAGCACACCUCUUCUCUGUAGCUGGAGGGAGAGAGAGAGAGAGAGAUACAGUCGGUGCCAAACCUCUCCUCGGCUCCACCGUCGAGGCUGGACGAGGUGGAAGUGGAAUCAAAGGAGACUCACAGAUCUGUGGCCGCAGAGGAGAGAGAGAGACAGCCGCAGCUUCCCGACACGUGGAGCUUCUUCAUGCCACCUACAGAGAUGUAGUCGCACCUUCUCUGGCGGCGCAGUGAGAAGGCCAUGUGUUUGCUGCCCACUAUGAUGGGGGGGAUCAGCGCUAACGGACCGUCCUGGAGCCGAGUCUGAGCCGACAACUCGAGAGCAGCAUUUAACAACACACAAAUAUCAUUCUUAAUAAUAACGUCAAACUGAGGUAGAUUCAGACCCAACUCUGGCUGACCUCCUCCAGAGAAGGAUUAUGUGGUCGACUCCAGCUCCAUGGUGGCAGUGUCUUCUGUGUGUGUUGGUGUGUGUGUUUGUGCGUCGAGCAGUGGACUCACUUCCUCAUGCGUUGCCGUGGCAUGUCCCCUGCCCAGUGCGGUGCGUGUGCCAGAUCAAACCCUGGUUCUCCCCGGACUCGGUCUACAGUGAAGCCCCGACCGUGGACUGCAACAAUCUGCUUCUCACCAGCCUCCCGUCCCUGCUCCCGGCGAACACACACACCCUGCGCCUGCAGAGCAACCUUCUGUCUGAGCUGGACGCCGCGGUGCUUCGGCGGUUGCCAAACCUCACCGACCUCGACCUCUCGCAGAACCGCUUCAGCCAUGUCAAGAACCUGACCCGAGGCCCGUCCCUGCCCUGCCUGCUGGUGCUGCACAUUGAGGAAAACCACAUAGGUCGACUUCCAGAAGCCUCUUUCUCCACCCUGCCAGGUCUUCAGGAACUGUUUCUGAGCCACAACAACAUCAACAGUAUAGUGCCCGGCGCUUUCAGAGGCCUGACGUCCCUCCUGCGGCUGCACAUCAACAACAACCGACUCACUGUGAUCGAUCCCAGGUGGUUCAAGGAUCUGCCAUGUUUGGAAGUUCUCAUGCUCGGCGGUAACCCAGUCGCGGCUCUUCCAGAGAAGGGCUUUGUGGCGCUCAGGUCCCUCAGGAGUCUGGUGCUCAGUGGGAUGGGCCUGAAAAGCUUGGCAGAGAGAGCUCUGGAAGGGCUGAACCGCCUGGAGAGCCUUUCCUUCUUUGACAACCUGCUGACCAGAGUCCCCACACAGGCUUUGAAAAGAGUGCCCGCACUCAAGUUUCUUGACCUCAACAAAAACCGCAUCAAAGUUUUGGAGACUGGAGAUGUUCAGAACAUGAUCCACCUGAAGGAGCUGGGCCUUAACAACAUGGUGGAGUUGGUGUCCAUUGAGAGAGCGGCUCUGGAGAACCUUCCGGAGCUCACCAAGCUAGAGAUAACCAACAACCCUCGUCUUUCAUACAUCCACCCGGAAGCCUUCCUGAAGGUUCGAAAACUUGAGAGCCUGAUGCUCAACUCCAACUCCCUCAGCACCCUCCAGCAGCAGGUCAUGCUUUCUCUGCCGAGCCUACAGGAGGUCAGCCUGCACUCCAACCCACUCCACUGCGACUGCCUGUUCAGAUGGGCUGCACACGAGGCAUCCUCCACUCACAACAGCUCACAAACAGACGCGCCUCGGAUGGUGCGUUUCAUUCAGCCACAGGCGACUCUGUGCUCUGAACCAGCGGAGCUGAGGGGGCGCAGGGUAAGAGAGUUCUCAGCCCGGGAGUUGUCAAACUCCUGCCUCCCCAUGAUCCCCGCCAGCACCCUCCCUUCGUACGUGCGGGUGAGAGAAGGAGGACACAUUGCAUUGCACUGUCGAGCUCUGGCUAACCCGCCGCCCGAGCUCUACUGGGUCACUCCGUCUGGGUUCAGACUCGGGCCUGCUCAGAGUAUGAGUGCAGCAGAGCCCGCUCUGCAUCACAGCAACAAUCUCCCUGAGGGCUUCACCAACAAGUCUGCCAGCCUCUUCUGCCAGGAUUCCACUCAUAACCUUUGCAAACACUACAAGUUACUCCCCGGCGGAAGUCUGGAGAUCAGCGUGGUGACUGCAAAGGAGGCGGGACUGUACACCUGCAUCGCUGAGAAUACUCUGGGAGCUGACACACGCAGUGUCACCAUCGCUGUCCACAGCAGAGGGACCAAAGGGAAGAGGCAGACGGACUCCAGUUGGAGAGGCUUCGCUCCAAGACUGGAGCUGGUGGAGGUUAAAGAACACUUUGCGAUCCUCACCUGGCGCAGCACUAGCAACUUCCCCUCCACCCGCCUGUCCUGGCAGUCCAUCCCGUCAAACAUUCACGCACCGAUGUACACAACGCGCAUCCUGGCAGGCACGCAGAGCUUCAACCUGAGCCACCUCCAGGCACAGACAUAUUACAGAGUCUGUCUGCAUCAAGGCACCGGUGAGCGUCUCAGGCCGAGCCGCAGAGACAGCAGGGGGCCUCAGUGCAUUUCCUUCAGAACCAGUGAGGCAGCAGAAGAAAAGGUCAGACCCGUGUUUGUUCCCCAGCUGAACUCUGCUGUGUUGCUGCUGCUCAUGCUCAUUCUGCUGUUUGCGGCAGGCCAGAGGAUGGACUCCAGGGCAGCCCAUCCCCCUAAAAUACUGGUACGGCAAGUCGAGCCUUUGACCUUCCGUCCACACACACAGACUCACAACGAUCAUCUGGAAGAGAAACUGCUCCUACAUCCUGACCCCUGACACAAUGUUACAGCCAGGAUCAAAAGGACAUUUGUAUUUAUUUUAUAUAAAAUGUAAAGUAUACUCUCAUCGCUCAUCCAUGGAACUAAACUGCCUAAAGACAGACCUCUGCUCUGAGGAGUCAGCGGCCCGCCAAUGACCGACACACAGCAGAGGAAAGCGCAGGUUUUAGUGUUGUCUGUGUCAGUCGCCGUGAAGCCACUACGCUUUCAGUACCUCAGAUUCUGUCACCGUGCCGCUAAAUAUUACAGAGCUCAUGCCUAAACCUUCAUCAGUACAGUAACGUGUGUCAAAUUCUAUUUUCAGCUAUUU